CCAUAAAGGUCAGCCUGGGACCCCAAGCGACUCACAGGGAGGAGCCAGACGAGCACUUCCUCCCACCAGGCACUCUUUAGCUCUGGACACCUGGCUCCGUAAUGGCAGUGCCAGGGACCCCGAUGCCCUUCAGGAUCACUCUUGUGCUGCUCUGGUUUGAGGUAUCUCUGUUCCUUCCUGACCUCUCCCAGGCCAGGUCCUCGCAACAGUUCAGCUCUGUGGAAGUGGUGAUCCCCCUGAGGGUGACGAGCAAGGGCAGAGGUGUAGGGUCCCCAGGAUGGCUCUCCUACAGCCUGCGGUUUGGGGGCCAGAGACACGUUGUCCACAUGAGGGUCAAGAGGCUCCUGAUUUCCACACACCUCCCUGUGUUCACCUACUCAGAGCAGCAUGCCCUCCAGGAGGACCACCCAUUCGUCCCUGAGGACUGCUUCUAUCAUGGUUUUGUGGAGGGGGACCCUGAGUCCCUGGUUGCUAUCAGCACCUGUUAUGGGGGUUUUCGAGGAAUGUUACAGAUAAACAACCUCAUGUAUGAAAUUGAACCGAUUGAGUACUCCACCACCUUUGAACACCUGGUGUCUCAGAUUGACAGUGAUGACACACAAUCCCCACCCAUGAGAUGUGGCUUAACAGAAGAGUUGAUAGCUCAGCAACUGGCAUUGCAAGUGUCAUAUAACUUCACUGUGGAACCACGUUCUCGACUGAAUUGGUGGACACACUGGCGCUAUAUUGAGCUGGCAGUGGUUGUGGACCAUGAGCGAUAUGUUUACUCUGAACGUAAUGAUAGUGUAGUGCUGAAUGAUUUAUUUCAUGUUAUUAAUAUGGUGGAUGAAUACUUUAAGCACAUAGAGGUUGAUGUCAUUUUGACUGGAACUGAAAUCUGGAAUGUUGAAAACGCAAUAGAUACUAGUGGUGACUUAGAUCCCGUCUUGGAAAGAUUUUCUUUUUGGAAAUCUUUGAACUUGGAUGCCCGUCUUCCCCAUGAUGUUGCACAUCUUAUUGUAAAGGAAUUUCAUGGGGUUCUUGGUGUUGCCUAUGUUGGAGGAAUAUGCAAGCCUCGUUUUAAUUGUGGAGUUGAUGUUUUUCAAGACAGUAGACUAAGUAUUUUUGCAAACAUUUUGACCCAUGAGCUUGGACAUAGUUUGGGUAUGUUGCAUGAUUUGGUAUGGUGCACUUGUGGAGAAGAGUUUUGCAUAAUGCAUCCCAGCCGAAAGAAUGCACGACGGUUUAGCAACUGCAGUUAUUCUGAAUACACAGCAAAUACUCUAGAUACUGGGACCUGUAUUCUCUCCCCUGCAGAGCCACAGCAUGUUUUAAGCUUGAUAUUCUGUGGGAACCGAGUUGUAGAAGAAGCAGAGGAGUGUGAUUGUGGAUCUUUUGUGGAAUGUAUACAGGAUCCUUGUUGUCUGUUUAACUGUUCUCUGAAGCCUGAGGCUGCUUGUGGUCAUGGAGCUUGCUGCAAAUAUUGUGAAGUCCAGCCAUCUGGGACUGUAUGUAGGGAGAAGACCAAUGAGUGUGAUCUUCCAGAGUGGUGCAAUGGGACUUCACCUGAGUGUCCAGAAGACGUGUACCUACAGGACGGCAUUGAGUGUGGUACAAAUUCCUACUGCUAUCAAAAGUCUUGUAAUAGCCAUGACAUUCAGUGUAAAGAAAUUUUUGGCACAGAGGCCUCGAGUGCGUCUGCCAGUUGUUACAGUGAAAUGAACACCCAAGGAGAUCGCUUUGGCCACUGUGGUAUUCAAGACACCACAUAUGUAAAAUGUACGGCUCCUGAUGUCAUGUGUGGGCGAGUCCAAUGUCAAAAUGUCAUCACACUUCCCGCAUUGAAAGAUCACUACACAGUGCAUCAAUCUCACAUCAACGGCACCACCUGCUGGGGCACAGAUUAUCAUUUAGGGAUGUCCAUACCUGACAUAGGUGAAGUGAAGGAUGGCACGGUGUGUGAUACAGGCAAGAUGUGCCUCAAGCAGAAGUGUGUUGCUAGGCUUCAACCAUCGGUAGACUGUCAGAGGUGGCACUGCAACAUGAGUGGCAUCUGCAAUAAUAAACAGCACUGUCACUGUCACCCAGGAUGGGCACCUCCCAACUGCACUGUGGAAGGCCCUGGAGGCAGUGUAGAUAGCGGUCCACCACCACCUCUGCCGGUUGAGGAGCACCCCCCUGUGGUGGAGUCAAACUACAAGAAAUUCAUUCUUUUUCUAUCGAUUGCUUUACCUAUUUGGAGUUAUAAACUCUGGCAACUCAGCUGCAUCACAGAGCACUAA